CCUACCAGCCUCGGGAUGUCUUUCACAUGCCGUCGGUGACCAAGUCAACUCCACACUCAAUACUGGACACCUCACUUAGACAAGUGUAUCCGUAAGGCGCUUCAAGUCCAAAGUCUAUCCUCACUUGGUUAAGCUCAACUGCUUCUUUCCAAUUCCCUACGAAUUCGUAACUUACAGCCGUUCGACCAAGUCCCUAGCGUCCAUUGUGUGCGACUCGCAUCCUGUUUCCGACCCGCCCACUUCCAGAUGGAAUAGGCUAUCCAAGGCGCGGGUUCUGGUCGGACGCUCUCGAACGAGUCGAACAUGGCGGCGCAAUCGAAGCUCGAACUCCGGCGCUCGGCGGCCGAGGAGGCGAUUGAUGUCUUCCUGCGGAAGUAUGCCGAGCUAAUCCGCACACGACUCCGGAACACGACUCGGACGACCCGCCUCCUAGCAACAUUGGCGCUCGCGACGUCUGUAAUACUCGGCGCCGUUGGGGGUCAGAGAUGGUGGAAGCGCCGGCACGUCGAGAAAGAGCAGGGCCGGAAGCUUGUGCGGACCAAUUCCUGGCUGCACAACAAGGACGGGUCGCGAACCAUAUACGUUCCCUAUAAGGAUGGCACAUCCAAGGUCGUCAUCCACGGCACCAAACCGCUCACCUUCGAGGCGCACCGGCGGCUAUUCUUGAACCCUCCCCGCGUCUCCGGCCUCAGCGACGGCCACGUCCCGUCCACGCAGACUAAACCGGGGCUCAACCUCGCGUUUCUGCACCAGUUUCUCAGUCUCAUGAGCAUCAUGAUCCCCCGGUGGACGAGCAAGGAAGCCGGCCUGCUCGUGAGCCACGGCGCCUUUCUGCUACUUCGCACUUAUCUGUCCCUCGUCGUUGCGCGGCUGGACGGUGAGCUUGUUCGCGAUCUCGUUGCCGGCAGAGGCAAGAACUUCCUAUGGGGGAUUGUCAAGUGGUGCGGCCUCGGCGGGUUCGCCUCUUAUACGAAUGCCAUGAUCAAGUACCUCGAGUCCAAGGUCUCGAUUGCGUUCCGAACUCGCCUGACACGCUACAUACACGACCUAUACCUGAACGACAACCUCAACUACUACAAGCUGUCAAACCUUGACGGCGGCGUGGGACAAGGGGCAGAUCAGUUCAUAACCCAGGACCUCACCUUGUUUUGUGCAUCGGCAGCGAAUCUCUACUCGUCGCUGGGGAAGCCGUUUGUGGACCUCUGCGUCUUCAGUUAUCAGCUGCAUCGGUCACUCGGUUCGUUGGCAUUGACCGGCCUGAUGAGCAACUACUUCCUCACAGCGAGCAUUCUCAGGCGGCUCUCGCCCCCAUUCGGGAAGCUCAAGGCUGUCGAGGGUCGCAAGGAAGGCGAGUUCAGGAGUCUGCACGCGAGGCUGAUCGCCAACGCCGAGGAGAUCGCCUUCUACGGGGGCGCGGACAUGGAGAAGCAGUUCGUAAACCGCGAGUUCAGGUCUCUCAAGAACUGGAUGGAGGGCAUCUACAUGCUAAAGAUUCGGUACAACAUCCUGGAGGACUUCAUCCUGAAGUACAGCUGGAGCGCCUACGGCUACCUGCUCUCGUCCCUGCCCGUGUUCCUUCCCGCCUGGGGGGGUCUUGGCGGCGUGGCUGAGCUUGCCGAGCACAGCGAGAAGGACGGCCGCGAACGGGGCCGCAUGAAGGAUUUCAUCACCAACAAGAGGCUCAUGCUUUCGCUCGCCGAUGCGGGCGGUCGGAUGAUGUACUCGAUCAAAGACCUCUCGGAGCUGGCCGGCUACACCAGCCGCGUUUACACGUUGAUAUCGACGCUCCACCGGGUCCAUGCGAAUGCUUACUACGUCCGCGGCCGUGAGAAUGAGCUGUACUCGCUCUCGGAUGUCCAGGGCACGAUCCAGAAAGGCUUUGACGGCGUACGGCUGGAGAACGUGCCGGUCAUCGCGCCGGCGCUCUGGCCACAGGGAGGGGAGGAGCUUAUUGAGUCGUUGUCCCUGAUUGUCAGGAGAGGGGAGCACUUGCUCAUUUCCGGGCCAAAUGGAGUUGGCAAGAGCGCGAUAUCGAGAAUCAUCGCCGGACUGUGGCCCGUCUACCGCGGACUUGUCAGUCGUCCCAAGGCCAACGGCGAGGGUGGUAUAAUGUUCCUCCCGCAGAGGCCGUAUCUCAGCAUCGGGACUUUGCGAGACCAGGUCAUCUACCCUGAUGGCGAAGCAGACAUGCGGGAGAAGAGGAAGACGGAGAACGAUCUCAAAGUAGCUCUCGAGGAGGCGCGGCUGGGGUACCUCCCCGAGCGCGAGGGAGGUUGGGAUACUCGGAAGGAGUGGAAGGACGUCCUCAGCGGCGGUGAGAAACAGAGGCUCGCAAUAGCCCGCCUGCUCUACCACGAGCCCGAGUACGCGUUCAUCGACGAGGGCACCAGCGCCGUUUCGAGCGACGUGGAAGGUCUGCUGUACGAAACUUGCAAGGAGAAGGGAAUUACACUAAUUACAAUCUCGACGCGCGCGUCUCUGAAGAAAUAUCACACGUACAACCUUGUCCUUGGCCUGGGCGAGAACGGCGACGCGUGGGAGUUUGAGCGCAUCGGCACGGAAAGAGAGAAGAUGCACGUCGAGAGAGAGCUGCAGGAACUGCGCGAGCGGUUGUCUCAGGUCGAGAAGUGGAAGGCCCGGCGGGAAGAAAUCGAGAAGGAACUAGCUCAAGUCUGGGUAGAGGGCGGAGAAGACCUCGCCCCGCCACCUUAUGUGGGAAAGGAGAAAGAGGAGGAUGACAACGUGGUGGUAAAGAGGGAGGACGAGGACGAGGAUGGGAAGGAUGGGCCAAGACAGGCAGCCUGCCUACCUUCGAGCCAAGCAAGCCCGCACCCACCUUCACUUGCGGGCGCGACCUUGGGGGGGAAGAGGAGGACGCUGGCAGCAAUGGGGCCCUGGGCUCACACGCGGAACCGGUCCUCGCUCGGUGUCCAGCCAUUGCCCAGGAUCAUUGAGGACGAAGUGUUGCCUCCCGCGGCGCCAGAACAGCAGGGCAGACGACCGCCCACCGCAUCGGGUCGACUGUCGCGCCAUGCCUCAUCACAGGACGCCGGCGCUCCGCCGCCCGGUCGCGGCACAGAAGACAUGAACAAUGCCCGCCGCCGGCUUAACGCCGAAGGGGAAGGCGGCAAGGACGGCAAGUGGUAUGCGGGGCGUCGUGGAGUCUAUCGCCUCGCGGUCUUGGCCUUUGUGUCGGUAGCCGUCAUUGUCGGUCUCGCCGUGGGCCUGACUCUAGGUCUGCGCAAAAAGUACGUGAACCACUCCGCCAAGGCUUCCCAACCUCCACCCUCGACACUCUUCCCAGCGGGAUCCUACAGCUUCACCACGGCGCUGACCAACGUGUCGACGGGCUGCACCACCGACCCCUCCCUGUUCCGCUGCGCUCCGUUCUCCACCUACUCCCCCUCCGCCCCGGACAACUCGUCGAUAACCUUCCACUGGACCAUCACCCCGCUAACCAGCUACUCCUACGCCAUCUCCUCGCGCCCCGACCCCGACCCAGGCUCCGACCCCCCCGUCCCCUCCUUCACCGACCUCCCCCUCACCCUCCUCGACGCAAACCAGUACUCGGAGCGCCUAGUCUUCAACCUCACCACCGCAAAACCUGUCCCGCAACCGGCGGCCCCGGCCGUGACCUGCUGGUUCAACUCCACCGUCAUGACCGUCACGCUGUGGACGCGCAUGCGCGCGAGCUACCCCGCCAACGCGACCGAGCUGCCGGCCCCGCCCGCGCCCGCGCCGCGCGCCUCCGGCGGCCCCAACGCGCCGCCCUGGCCCUACAAGGCCGAGGUCGCGCAGGCGCAGGCGCACGGCCCGGGCGUGCCGGACUGCAGGGACUCGUCCGGGAGGCGCGUCAACGCGACCGGCGGAGGCGGAGGAGGCGGGGGACUAGGCACUACUGGCGGCGGCGGCGGUGGCGGUCGCGGCGAGUGCGAGUGCCGUUAUGCGAAUUACGGCCUGGAUGAUAGCGGGGCCGGCGGCGGCGGGAACGGUACUUCCGGAUCCCCGAACGGGACGGUGGGUUUGGGCGGGAGGCUUGCGCGGUGGGUUGUGUGAGGAGCCGCCCUGGAGCUCGAGAGGGAGCCUGGGGAGGCGCUAGGGACUUGGUUUCGAGCUGCACCUCGAUCCUUAGGCCAUACGUACAUAAGUACAUCUACACAUCCACCCAUCGGGGUCGUUGGGCUUCUCUCGGCGGGACCUGAGGUUCUGGCUGCAAAGAAACUCGGACCACAUGACCAUUACUUGCCCGGAGGCACCUUCGUCACAGACACGUCACCA